AUGCUAAGUGGCUUAGGUAUUCGUGACAACCUGUCACUCAUGCCGAAAUUGGAUCAUUUGAUUUUCUGGAUUGAAUUUUACUUAACUCUCACAUGGAUGUUCAUAUCUAAGGUAAAUCACUCGUCUGGCAAAAGAGUUUGCUUCUACCUGAUCAGCUCAUAUCUUUCCAACAUGCAUCUUUUAAGUGAGUGUAUAGAAAACUCUGAGGGGCAUCCUAAAACUGUGCAAGAACUUCUGACAUUGCAUUCAGUACAGCGGAAACAGAAAAGACAAAUUUUGGACAGGAUGGAUUUUAUUGCCAAUUUUAUUGUUGGACAUAAUAGAUACAGCAAAUUUAGUUUGAUAGAUCAAGUCAACCAACUGUGUCUGGGGGAACAGCCUAAUUUCUUGCUGGCCGAACGAAUCGUGGUUCUCUCAGCCUUAGUUUUACUCAACAUACCUGGCCAAUAUGUUUAUGACCACCAGGAGGUGCCAGUUAGGAGGGAAUUGUUCAAGCUCCAUGUAACUAAAGUGAUGCCUGCAAGAUUAGCCUUGCUUAUCUCUGGUCUCAAGAAGGCAUCAGGCUAUCAUGAUGUUGCAGCUGUACUGUUAGAGUUUUUCCACAAACAAGGAAGUGACAGAUUGAUAACUGGGCAGUGUUUGCAACAGCAGAACUACUCUGUGCAGUUUCAUGAAGCCAAGUUCUCUGACUGCCCCAGCUUGAUAUUUGUGGACAUGAACAUUGAGGAGGAAGCACUGAAAAUUCUCAAGGAUAGUCAUGAGGAUCAGGGAAUAAAUGAAGAACUGGACGAAAAGGAUAUUGAAAGACAAGAGGCAAAAAGGAAGAGUGCAGAUGAAGAAAAUGCAAGAAAGUUUGCAAUGAAGAUAAUUGUACAGUUUUUGAAAGGUGUUGUUAUGCAAAGCAGACUUCAGAAAAAAACUUUUUUGACAUUUGAAAUGGAUGAGAUGUUUAGACCAUAUGCUGUCACGGAUUCAUCAUGUGGAAUUUGUGGAGUUGCCCUGGAGCGCAGUGAGUCAACAGUUUCUGAAGGUGAUGAAAGUAGAAGCCAACUGACAAAGAAGAAGCAUUGUCGUACCUCUGACCACAAGAAUAAUCUUCAGAACUUUCAGACAUUUAAAACUGUGUAUGCAUCAAAGGUCCAUCAUCAACGUGAGGAGAUUCUACGGUUUUUGAGUGUACACAAGGUAGUCAAUAACUCACCAGUCUAUAAAGAUGAGUUGUGUACAGUGAAGAUCCUGGACGCUGUACAAAAGUUUGGCAGCUCCCUGGAAAAUAUUCUGCAUUCCAGAAAUUGGCUCAGUAGUCAAGAAAUGCUCGAAGCAUUCAACACUUUGACCAAAUGUUAUAGAGACAACUGUGACCACAUAAAGAAAGCAUAUGUGGAGUACCAGCAAAAAGGAGAAAGAGAACAUCAUAAUCAAGAUGCAGCAGUUAAAGAACUCAUAGAACAAGACCGGCCCCAAGAACUGGUUGAUAUAGAGCCCAUAAAUGCGGGGAAAGAACCAUCAGAUCCUAGAAGCACUAAGCAGAAAAAGAACACAAACAAGCAAAACCGACGCAAGUGA